CUUAAUGUAGGGAGUAGAGCGACAAUUGGGAUUGAGACUAUAGCCAAGUUGUGGUAAAACGCGGGGAAAUUUGGUUUGUGUUGUUUCGCAUGAUAUUUAACUAAGUGGAUUUAUAUGAAGUUAAUGAAGUGGAAAUAUGGAUAGAUAUGUUCUUAUUGUGGUAAUUAACCAGGAAGCGAAGAAAGAGAGCUCUUUCAGCGGGAUUGAAGCUGCCAGAAAGCUGUAUAACAAACUAAAAGAUAUUUGCAGGACUAACAGUACGUCACGGGUUUCUCCUUUUCCAGCUUGCUCUCUGAGUGGAACUCCUGCCUCGCCGAAAUGGUUCUUUGCUAUUCAAGCGACUCAUGGCCUGACACAGUUCUGUAGCUCUGAGUGGGAUGAGGUGUGUGUGCAGCACAGUGAUGGUGAAGAGUCUGUGCUUUCUCCUGUGGACAGCUGUGCCAGUGCCCUGCAAGAGCAAGAGGAGCAGAGCCAGCUGUCUGAGAUCAUCUCACACAUGGAGCUCUUUGAGGAAGCAGCUGAGUCUCUUCAUCAGUUAGCAGACACACUUCCUACUCCAGGAAGGUUCCUGCUGGAUGUGAUUCUGCUGUGUGAGGGCGAGGUAGGAAUCAAUGACUUGUUGCCGGUGAUCGGUUCCCUGAAGCACAUGCAAGCGUGGCACUCUGCACAGAUGACGGUCAUCACAGAGCACAGUGCAGGAUGGCGAACAGCAGCCUCGUAUCUAUCGAGCAGAAUAUGUUCUCCCUCUGAUGUGGAGAGUUGUAUCGAUGCCAGUGAGCUCUGGAGAGGUGGACUGCUGAUCCGAGAGAAGAAGUUUGUCUCUGAGCUGCUGUUUGAGGGUUUCUGUUUGAAGUGGCAGGUUCGAGGUGGCUGGAGCCACAUGUUUUCCCCACACUCCAACCCCUGCUGCUUUACUGACCACAUGGUUCAGCCUGAGGUGUUGCACUAUUAUCAGCCAGUGCUGGAGCUGAUCCAGUUGGUUAGAGUUGCAGAUCUCCCAGUGAUCCUUCUUUCCUCCACCGAGUUUGAGCUUGCAUUGUCCAGCAAAUCUGCCAAAGCCAAGCUCCUGUUAGACCAGCUCAAAGCUCUACGUGGAGAGGUUGGGGCUCUGUUCUUGCUUUCCUGUGUGGUGAGCGUUGAAGCCUUUCCUCCAGCCUCCCAGCUCAGUGCCUCCAAAUGGAGGGAUUUUGUGGCCAAGUGCCCGAAAGCCUUCUCUGCUCCUGAUGUCAAGAUGAAAGGAGAGAAAGGCCACUAUCUUCUCUUGGUUCAGGGGGCAGAGACUGGUGGCUGCAGAGCUCGACUGAUACACUCCGCCAAUCAGAUUAAUGGUGCUGUUGCUCUGGCAACGAUCAAAAGCCUUGUGCAGGAAAAGGUUUCAUUGUCCUCAGGAACUGAGAUCGCUGAUUGGCUGCACUCUCUGCCCCGUCUCUGUGGAGACGACCUCUUGCAGAGAGAGAGGAGGCUGGCCAGGGUCCAGCACCAGGUCGUCCAGGAAUGUGCCCGAAGAAGAGAGGAGGCACAGAAGCCCGCAGGUGUGCCACUAAAUGACCUGAGAGUACUGCUGCGUCUGGCCAGAGAACAGUACCUAAAGAUGCAUAACGUCAUGCAGCCCAAAGUAUCAGGUGUGCCAGUGGAGAAGGAGAACCACAUUUCUGUUACAGGAGCAGACACUAAGCACACCACCCACUCUGAAUGGCCAGAGAGAAGUGUUCUGCGUAACUAUGAAAACACACAGAAGAUCCGGCACAAAAACAGGUCUAGCCUCUUCAGUAGUGGCUCUUCAGACUGUCUCAUGGGCCCUAAAGAUGUCCAGAAGAGUGUUUCUGCUCCACUGGAUGCACGAGAGCUGCUUAAGCACUUCACUGCUGAUGGGUUACCAAGUGGAGAACUACAACCUCUCCCUGUCCUCAGAGGGGACAAUGGGUUCCAGCUGUCGCCUGAUCUCACUCCCAGAAAAGUGACCAAGCUCCCAUUCAGGCAAGCGGCCAGCGCCCACUACCAUGGCAUAGAGUUUUGCUUGGAUGAGCGGAAGGCUCUGGAGAGAGACUGCAGAUUUGCACGCCUGCAGUCGCGGCUAAUCCGCUUCGAGACCCAGACUACAUGCUGUAAGGAGCCGUGCCCAGUGCCGCUGGCUUUGAGCCCUAUGCCCGCACCUACUCCGUCACCCUCUGAACCUGGCAGCAUACCGGAUGGAGAAGCUGCACACAGCGAACCACCUCGUCUCAAACGCCGGUCUCGUGAACCAGAUGCACACACACACCAUCAAAAAAGGAUGUCCAAGUCAGAGAGCAGUGAGUCUCUGGGCUCUCAGUGUAGUGGAGGUAGUGGUACACACCCAGCCGUGAGAGCUCUCCAGCAUCAGUCAGGCCGUUCUCUCUCCUGCUCCAGCUCAACCAGACGCACCACUGCUGGAGCUGAAAAUUCCAGUGAGCCUCCAACCAGCCAGAAGACUAGCCAGGGCCAAACCGAGUCACGGUCACAGAAACACAAUCGGAUGCUGAAGGAGGUGGUUGCAAAGACACUGAAGCAGAAUGGUAUCACCAGUGAGCACAAGUGUUUCAAGGCCUGCAGUCAAAGGCUUUUUGAUGUGUCAAAGCUCUAUCUGAAGGACCUGAAAACGUCUCGGGGUCUCCAUGAGGAAAUGAGAAAAGCAGCUGGUCGAAAUGCUAAGCAGGUGAUUGACUGGGUUGUGGAGAAAGCCAAAAAAUGACGUGAUCAUCAAAGGUGUAUACACACCAUGUGUUUACUCAUUUUGCAUUAUGUAGUAUCUGUAUGAUGUGUCUGUGUGGAUUAAAGUGUUUUAUUUUACA